AGGCGAAAGAGAACAUCGAAAGUGAAGAGACAACAACAAAAACAAAAAAUGGCUUCAAGAACCAUUGUACCUCAACAAGGGAGAGCAGGCGAGGCCGAAGUUGGUGGCGCUGGAGCAGCUGUUCACAAUCAGACGAAUAAGAACGCAGCGGCCGGAGAUGGGAGGAGCCGUCGUGCUUUGGGAGAUAUUGGGAACGUGGUGAACGUCAGAGGAGCGGCUGUUGAAGGCAAAGCCCAGCGGCAGAUUCAUCGUCCACUCACAAGGUCUUUUUGCGCUCAAUUACUUGCCAAUGCUGAAGCUGCCGCAGCCGUCGAGAAGAAUAAGAAAAUCCUAAUUCAAAAUCUGCGUUUGUUUGGGAUUUCAGAAAAUGUAUGUGUAAAAGUGGAUAAAGCUCCUGUUCUUGAUGGAGCCGCUGUGGUGUCUAAAAGAGGUGUAGCCGCAGUGCCAAAAGCUGUUCAAAAGAAACCGGUUGCUAAGCCGGUGCCGGCGCAGGCAGAAGUGAUCGAAAUCAGCCCGGAUGUCAAUGAAGUGGUGGAAGUGAAGGAGAAAAAGAGAAAGAAGGUUGUUGAUGUGAAGAACAAUAACAAAGUCACUCAAAGGGAAGAAUCAUCCAAGAAAAAGCAACAUACUUUCUCUUCGGCCCUUACUGCAAGAAGCAAGGCGGCUCAUGGAAUUGCAAACAAGCCAAAGGAGGAGAUUGUUCAUGAUAUUGACGAAGCAGACGCUGAUAACCACUUGGCUGGUGUGGAAUAUGUUGAGGAUAUCUACAAAUUCUAUAAAUCUAUUGAGAAUGAGAGCAUGCCAAAUGACUAUAUGCACUUGCAGACCGACAUUAAUGAGAAGAUGAGGUCAAUUCUUGUUGAUUGGCUGAUUGAUGUUCAUCAAAAGUUCGAGCUUUCACCCGAAGCUCUCUAUCUUACCGUCAAUUUGAUCGACCGAUUCCUAUCGGUGAAAGUUGUCCCGAGGAGGGAAUUACAACUGCUUGGCAUGAGUGCCAUGCUUAUUGCCACCAAGUAUGAAGAAAUCUGGCCCCCUGAGGUCAAUGAUCUGGUAUGCAUUGCUGACAGAGCUUACACUCAUGAACAAAUACUUUUGAUGGAGAAAACUAUACUGGGAAGGUUGGAAUGGACUGUGACAGUGCCUACACACUAUGUCUUCCUAGCUCGUUUCAUCAAGGCAUCGAUCCCGGAUCCGAAAAUGGAAAACAUGGUAUAUUUCCUAGCUGAGUUGGGGAUAAUGCACUAUGAGACCAUUCGAUUCUGCCCAUCAAUGGUGGCUGCCUCGGCCGUCUAUGCCGCUCGAUGCGCUCUAAACAAGUCGGAGUCUUGGACCGACACACUCAAGUUCCACACUGGUUACUCGGAGUCACAGCUCGUGGAUUGUGCUAAGCUGCUGGCUUAUUUCCAUUCCAAGGCUGCUGAGGGCAGGCUUCAUGUUGUGUAUAAGAAGUACUCGAGUUCUCUAAGAGGGGCAGUUGCAUCGGUUCCGCCAUCCAAAAAUCUAUUAUCUGCUGAGAGUAGGCUUCAAGUUGUUUAAUACUUGGAUUUUGUUGUUAUAGGGUUUGGAAACUAAUUGUUGUGCUUCUUUCCCAGAGAAGCAUUGAUUUGAUGCCUUUAAGAAGAAGAUCCAUUUGAAUAACAAUUAUAUUUGUUGAUGAAUGAAAAACAACAUGAACCAUUGUCUCUAUAAG